AUGGUGAAGAUCACCAACACCGGGCACUUCCCUGCAUCUUUCCGUGUCGAUGGAUAUGUCCUGUAUAACACAGGCUUCAGCGUGUGCCUGGAGCGUGUGAAGCACCUGCCCUCCUGUGAGAGCAAGACAUUUGAAGUGUGCUUCGACCCACAAAGUGCCAACGUGCCCCUGGGAAAAGUGGAUGUGCUCCUGCCCAUCAAGGUCAGAGGAGGCCCCACAUUCCAGGUCCGCCUCCGUGCCAUGGUGGCUGAGCCGUCCCUCUGCGUGUCCAGGGACAGGCUGGAGUUCUCUGCUGUCCAGUGUGGGCAGUGCCAGGAAGAAACCAUCCAGCUCCACAACACGUUCCAGGUCCCCUGUAAAUGGUCCAUCAGCAUGACUGAUCCUGUUCAGGAGGUGGACAAACAUCUGCCAGUGAGCGAGCACCAGAAGCUGCUGGAGGAGAUGAAGUCUGUGCCCUGUGGCUUUGAGGUGCUGCCCUCAGCUGGAAGCCUCGCUCCAGGACAGCAGUGCCACGUCCAAGUCCGUUUUUCACCCACGGAAGAGAAGUGCUACCGGGGCGAGCUGCAGAUCCAGAUUUGCCAGAGCAGCCAACGCCUGCAGGUGCCGGUCUUGGGACGUGGUCUGGAGCCACGGCUGGAGUCCAUCCCCGCAGAGCUGGAGCUGGGGACCCCCUACAGACACCAAAAAAUGACAACAGCCCCAACAGCUUGUUGCUGCCUCCGUGUGCCCCGGGAGAGAAGCUGA